GCUCGUGCUCCGAUCCCAAGGUUGCUGCGAGGAUGAAGGCGAAGGUGGCCUCCCGCGCCGGCGGCGACAGGCUCGCGGUGAAGAAGAGCAAGGCCGAGAAGGACCCCAACAAGCCCAAGCGCCCCCCGAGCGCCUUCUUCGUCUUCAUGGAGGGCUUCAGGAAGGAGUACAAGGAGAAGAACCCCAACAACAAGCAGGUCUCCGUGGUUGGCAAGGCCGGUGGUGAGAAGUGGAAGUCCCUGACCGAUGCUGAGAAGGCUCCCUACGUCACCAAGGCCGAGAAGCUCAAGGCCGAGUACGCCAAGAAGAUGGAUGCCUACAACAACCCACAGGAGGCGUCUGGCGACUCUGACAAGUCCAAGUCCGAGAUCAACGACGAGGAGGACGCCAGCGAGGGCGACGAGUGAUGCGUCCCAGCAAAGCAGCCGCAGCGGAAGGGGAAGGAAGUCAGGUCUCUGGUGUCCCCGAACGAUGGAUGCUGGUUGCGGUUCUGUUGGUAGUGUAGCUUUCGUAGUAGUCCCUCCCCUUGUCUCAGGCUGCUGCUGCUGCUGUUGCUAGGACUGAACGGAAUGGUAGUGGCUCUAGUCUCGUCAGUGUCGUCUGCCCUGGAUCGGAGUGGGGAAGUUCCUAGUCUAGCUCUCCUAGUAGUUUUCUUUAUGUUGCUGUCUCUGUUUGUUGGCUGUAUCUAUCGAUGUACCCGUGGCUUGUUUUAAAACAUCAUCAUCUCAGAGAUCAAUACAU